AGAAAGAAAACACACAAACUUACUGAGCUCUAAAGUGUCCAAAGGUGUAAAGAGAGAAAGAGAAGAGAGAUGGCUAAUGCUGUAGAACAAUCCUCAUUGUAUUCUUCAUCCUUUGUAGACGCAAGAAUCUCGUUUUCCAAUGAUUUUGCAGACAGUAGUCAAGAAACAAUACCAAGAGCACAUGACCAGGUGAAAUACAAGGAAGCUCCUGUUUCGUCUGAUUUCAAAUUCAAUGUCGAAAACUUUGGUUUCACUACUUCUGCGGCUGAUGAGAUCUUCUUCGGUGGAGUUCUGUUGCCACUAGAGAAAGCUACUCAGAGGAAAGUGACGACAACGACGACACUUAGAGAGGAACUAAGUGCUCAAGAUUCUGACCGAACCAACUCAAAGGCAUCACGUAGUUGGUGGAAGUUAGGUCUUAACAAGUCCAAGAAAAUACAUUCCAACAACAUCAACUUCCAUCUCCCCAACAGAUCUCAAAAUUGUCUUGCAAGUAUAUUGGAAUCUGAUGACUGAAAGAUCGGGGGAAAAACAAUUCAAGCUAACUAUGGCGACGAACUAGAUAUUAAUAUGUAAUACUACUGAUAAAAAUAAAAAUAAAUUAUAAUCUUCCAUUUUUUAUUGUU